AUGGCAGCAGAGGCCUCUUCCCAGGACAAUGAGACAUCAAAUGGAUGGCCACUCGGACUUAUGAGCACAAGAUUUCGAGCGAUGGAAACCGUACAGGUUGGUCCAGCAGAACCGCAUUCCUUGCGCAUACACUCUUCUAGUUUCUCUUCAUUCUCAUCCUCCAACCUUGACACUGAGUCAACAGCAUCCUUCUUUCAAGACAAUAGCGUGCCGCUGGGCCGGCUAAUUGGCAUUCGACCAGGGAAUGGAGGUUUGUACUUCCCAAGGAGAGUCCAUGUAGAUGAACGAGAAAAGAAAGCCUUGAGAGCGAUACGGGCUGCAAGCUCGACUGAACUUGGGAGUGAGAUGGAUGCUAGAGAAAAGUUGGGGGGUUCACUAAUGCAAAAGUUUGGAAAACCAUCUCAAUAA